GGCUAACAGUGUUAGACGCCCAGCUUUGUUGCAGGACUCUUAUGAUCUAGGCCAGUUUUCCCUGAACAUUUCUCUCUCACAAAACUAGGGUUUUCGAUUUCUUCUUCUCUUUCCCUUCAACCGUGAAACCCUAGAAAUGGAGGAGCCUCAGAACGGUGACGGAGGCUCGGCGGUGCCGGAGAACGACGACGAGCUGGUUGUCGGACCUGGUCCAGCUCCUCGCUCUCGUCCUAAACGCCCUCUCCAGUUCGAGCGGGCCUAUCUCGAUUGCCUCCCCUCUGCGAACAUGUAUGAGAAAAGUUAUAUGCAUCGAGAUGUGGUAACACAUGUUGCUGUGUCAGCAGCAGAUUUUUUCAUAACUGGAAGUAUCGAUGGACAUUUGAAGUUUUGGAAGAAGACAGCUAUUGGCAUUGAAUUUGCAAAGCAUUUUAGAUCCCAUCUUAAUGCCAUUGAAGGGUUAGCUGUUAGUGUUGAUGGUUUGCUUUGCUGCACAAUUUCCAAUGAUGACUCUGUGAAAGUAUAUGAUGUAGUGAACUAUGACAUGAUGGUCAUGAUUCGCUUACCCUUUGUUCCUGGUGCUGUUGAAUGGGUUUCCAAACAAGGCGAUGUCAAAGCUAGGCUUGCCAUUAGUGAUCGUAACUCUUCAUUUGUGCAUGUGUAUGAUGCACGAGCUGGUUCAAAUGAACCCAUCAUCUCGAGAGAGAUCCACUUGGGCCCAAUAAAAGUUAUGAAGUACAAUCAUGUUUUUGACUCUGUGAUAUCUGCAGAUGCCAAUGGAAUCAUUGAGUACUGGAACCCUACUACACUUCAGUUCCCAGAGAAUGAGGUGAACUUUAGAUUGAAAAGUGAUACAAAUCUCUUUGAAAUUGUGAAAUGUAAAACAACUGUUUCUUCUAUUGAGGUGAGCCCUGAUGGUAAACAGUUUUCUAUCACAUCACCUGAUCGUAGGAUCCGUAUUUUUUGGUUUAAAACUGGUAAACUAAGACGGGUUUAUGAUGAAUCCCUUGAGGUGGCCCAAGAUCUCCAGAGAAGUGAUGCUCCCUUAUACCGGCUGGAAGCUAUUGAUUUUGGGAGAAGGAUGGCUGUUGAGAAGGAAAUUGAGAAAACAGAAAGUGCACCACAACCAAAUGCAAUAUUUGAUGGAAGCUCUAACUUCCUUAUAUAUGCGACACUCCUUGGAAUAAAAGUAGUAAACCUACAUACAAAUAAAGUUGCUCGAAUUCUUGGAAAGGUGGAGAACAACGAUAGAUUCCUGAGAAUUGCUUUGUAUCAAGGUGACCGUAGCAGUAAAAAGGUUAGAAAAAUUCCUGCAGCUGCAGCAAAUGUCAAUGAGAGCAAAGAACCUUUGACAGAUCCCACUCUCUUAUGCUGCGCUUUCAAGAAACAUAGGAUCUAUUUGUUCAGUCGGAGAGAACCAGAGGAGCCUGAAGAUGCAACAAAGGGUAGGGAUGUGUUCAAUGAAAAGCCGCCUCCUGAUGAACUUUUGGCUGCAUCGGAUAUAGGAAAAGCUGUCACAACAUCUCUUCCUGAUAAUGUGAUCCUUCACACCACAAUGGGUGAUAUUCAUAUGAGACUGUACCCAGAAGAAUGCCCAAAAACUGUGGAGAAUUUCACAACGCACUGCCGUAAUGGCUAUUAUGAUAAUCUCAUUUUUCACCGGGUCAUUAAAGGCUUCAUGAUACAAACGGGAGAUCCUUUGGGAGACGGCACUGGUGGACAGUCUAUAUGGGGAAGAGAAUUUGAAGACGAGUUCCAUAAAAGUUUACGACAUGACAGGCCUUUUACAUUGUCAAUGGCAAAUGCAGGGCCAAACACCAAUGGCUCUCAGUUCUUUAUUACCACAGUGGCUACUCCAUGGCUGGACAACAAACACACUGUUUUUGGUAGAGUUGUCAAGGGAAUGGAUGUUGUACAGGGCAUAGAGAAAGUGAAGACAGACAAGGCUGACAAGCCAUACCAAGAUGUAAAAAUCCUAAACGUGACUGUGCCCAAGGCUUAAGAUUUAUUCCUGUACUAAUUUAUUUGUUUAGAUGGGAGUUUCUUGACUCCAUUUGCUACCCUUGGCUGCUAAAAGAUUGUACACCUGCCGGGUAAGUGUGUACUAUAUUUUUAUGAGAUAUUAACGCUCCUUGUACUUGAGACUAUGAUAAGAGAUCCUUUUUAAUGGGAAAAGGAGAUUUUGUUGAGGUAAUA